AUGGGGAAGAUGCUGCUGUGGGCAAGUCUGGCCAUUUUGCUGCACUUGCAGCUUGGAUCUUCCUACAAGCUGGUCUGUUAUUUCACAAACUGGUCCCAGUACAGGCCUGAUCCUGCCAGAUAUAAACCAGCAAAUGUGGACCCCUGCCUGUGCACACAUGUCAUCUAUGCCUUUGCUACUAUGAGCAAUAACAAGAUCGCCCCCUAUGAAUGGAAUGAUGACGUCCUCUAUCCACAGUUCAAUGGUCUAAAAGAAUACAAUGAGAAAAUGGUUACCCUUUUGGCGAUUGGAGGAUGGAAUUUUGGCACCCAGAAGUUCACCACAAUGGUUGCUACAGCUGCUAACCGCAAGACUUUCAUCGAUUCAGUGAUUACGUACCUUCGUCAGUAUGGGUUUGAUGGGAUUGAUUUGGACUUUGAAUACCCGGGUUCUCGGGGCAGCCCUGCUGAGGAUAAGCAUCGUUUCACUAUUUUAGUCCAGGAAAUGCUGGCUGCUUUCUCAAGUGAAGCCACCAGGAGUGGGCAACCCAGACUGUUGAUCACAGCAGCUGUAUCUGCUGGCAAAGCAACCAUUGAUGCCGGAUAUGAAAUUGCAGAGAUAGGAAAGGUUCUAGAUUUCAUCAGUGUGAUGACCUACGAUUUCCACGGAGGAUGGGACACCUUCACAGGUCACAAUAGCCCCCUGCAUGUGGGAUCUGCAGAUAAAGGCGAUUUUGUGUACUUCAACUGCGAAUUUGCCAUGAAAUACUGGCUAGAAAAUGGGGUUCCUGCUCAGAAGCUUAUGAUGGGGUUUCCUACUUACGGCCGUACCUUUAGGCUUACCACAGCUGACACAUCGGUUGGCGCUCCCGCGUCUGGUGCCGGAUCCAUUGGACCUUACACAAGGGAAGCUGGUUUCUGGGCUCAUUAUGAGAUUUGUACGUUCUUACCAGAAGCAACAACCGUCUGGAUCAAAGAUCAGAAAGUCCCUUAUGCCUUCCUGGGGAAUGAGUGGGUUGGGUUUGAUGAUUUAACCAGCUACAAGUACAAGGUUGAAUUUUUGAAAGCAAACAACUUUGGAGGAGCAAUGGUUUGGGCCAUUGACCUUGAUGAUUUCCUAGGCACUUUCUGCAAUACGGGGCCAUAUCCUCUGAUAUCACAUUUGAAGACACUCCUUGACAUACAAACUCCAGGUUGUGUAGCUCCACCACCUCCAACAGUCCCACCUCCUCUUAUUUUCUGUGAAGAUAAAGCUGAUGGUAUCUAUGCCAAUCCGGAUGACAAAUCAAAAUUCUAUGAAUGCUCUGGGGGCAAUACUGUUUCCAAGAGUUGCGGAGAAAGUCUGGUGUUCGAUGAGAGCUGCAAGUGUUGUAACUGGCCUUGA